CACGGUCGCCUCGGCAACUGCCAUCAGUUCCGUAAACAAAGGCACACAUUGUCGUGUUGAGGGUUGCGUGAAAAAAAUUUCCUCGACCGAGGGUCGCACGUUUGAUGUACGAAGAUGUGAAUGCACCGCGACGGCUCGCACUUGUCUCCGUGUCCACCCGAAAGACUCUCUCACGUGCGAAGACUCUCCCUCGUUCCGGAACCACGUCUUCAGCGACCUGAGAGUUCCGUCGACGGCACUGCUGCUUCGACAAUGUCGGGGAAAAAGGCUACGGAGAAGGUCUCCGAGAUUGAUGCACAUAUCAACAAACAAUACGACAUUGUGCGACGUCUCGGCAAAGGGGCUUACGGUAUAGUAUGGAAGGCAAUCGAAAAGAAAAGGAAGGACACCGUCGCGGUGAAGAAGAUCUUUGACGCCUUCAGAAAUCAGACGGAUGCGCAGCGUACAUUUCGCGAGAUUAUGUUCUUACUGUCGUUCGCCAAUCACGAGAACAUUAUAAAGCUGAUCGGACUGCAUAAGGCGGACAACGAUCGGGACAUUUACCUCGUUUUCGAGUACAUGGAAACCGAUCUCCACAACGUCAUUAAGCGGGGCAACAUCCUCAAGGACAUCCAUAAGGUCUUCAUUAUGUACCAACUUUUUAAGGCGAUCAAGUACAUACACUCAGGCAACGUAAUCCACCGAGACUUGAAGCCGUCCAAUGUUCUUUUAAAUGCGCAAUGCCAUUGUAAGAUUGCGGAUUUUGGUCUGGCACGCUCGGUUACGCAGAUCGGCGAAGGUGAUGGUGAGACGGGAAAUGAUCCAACUUUGACGGAUUACGUCGCUACACGGUGGUAUCGCGCACCAGAAAUUCUGAUAGCUUCAAAGAGAUAUACAAAGGGGAUAGAUAUGUGGUCUUUAGGUUGCAUUCUCGGUGAAAUGUUACUUGGAAAGCCACUCUUUCCCGGUUCAUCAACGAUAAACCAAGUUGAGAGAAUAAUGGUAACUUUGCCUCCACCGACAGACGAAGAUCUAAUAUCGGUCAGCGCCGGUUAUGGAACUAAUUUAUUGGAAAAAACACCCAAUAGACCUAGAAGAACUUUAAAAGAUUUGUUGCCAGAAGUGUCAGAGAAAGCUUUGGAUCUUAUCAGCAAUUUGAUAAUCUUCAACCCCACGCAACGGCUUACGGCAGUCGAAGCACUAAAGCAUCCAUAUGUCGCCGAUUUUCACAAGAGAGGAAACGAACCAGAAAGGGGCUCCAGUGUCAUACCAUUGUUGAAUGACGAUGUGCAACUCUCAGUCGACGAAUAUAGAAAUAAGCUGUAUGCGAUGAUGGACGAAAAACAUCGGAAACAUAAAAAUAUGUCAAAAUCCAGGCUGCGGCGAUUGUCUGAAAGCAUUAGGAAGGAAACCAGGAAUAGUAGCAGUAACUCGGUGAUCGGCCAAGGUGAUACGAUUGUCGCGUGCUCAUCAUUGCCAAGCAAAAAGACAAUCAGGCCAUCUCAGGGUGAUAAUAAUCCGCGAGGCGUUAUAAGAACACAGACAAUGAACAAUCCCAUAGAUCCGCCACAGAAGACCUUAACAAACACCCGGCAUAAUGUUAGAAACGUGGCGACACAGUACGCAUGUAAUUUGACGAACGGAAACAUACCCCCAGCAGCGGCUAAAAGUUGCUUCUACUUUAAUCAGCAGCAGUUGUCGAAAUCUCAGCGUUCCAUUCAAUCAGAUCAGAUAGCCAUGUACGCCGGCAGAGGCCGAUCAAACCAAUUAACAGCAAUAGCACAACGCACCAAAUCGCGAAGAGUCAACAGGCAACAGAUCCUUACUCAGGCGCCAAGGCCCUUCACCUCGGCAUCUGCUAAUUGUCGUGGCGACAAUCGUUGGUCUAAAAAGAUGCCGACGAAGCUGAUUAGGAUCAGCGACAGUCUGAAUACAAUUAAACAGUCCAGCAACGUUGCAAAGACUGUUGUCAGGACCAUGGACGUCAGGACCACGAGAGUUAGUAGUCCGGAAUCGCCAUGUAUCGGCCACCAGUCGCAGGCUGCCAUUCGCAAUUAUUUUAAUCAGGUGCCGUUGCUAACUCAACAGCAGCCUCAAGUGCGGAAUCGCACCUCUUGCCGCGGUAGUGACAACUUUGUCAACAAAUCAUUCACCGUGGAUACUGUGACAACCAACAAUUGUUUUAAAAAUGCGGCGCACGGACAGGGCAGCAGAUUACACGCGAAGCACAGCUUUGACGCUAACUACGUCGGUCAGAAGAGACCAUCGACGACGUGCAACAAGUCGAGGUUUCUGAACAGCCACAGUCAGAGUCAUGGCGUGAUAGCGGAAUCGGUUUACAAGGAUCUCUGUAAUGGGACUAUAGGAUGGUGAGUGUGCGGCGCGGCGGGUAGGCUUCCCCGAGGAUGAUGAACAACGAUCAGGCGGGAAAAUCAUGCGACGAUCGCUUCACUUUUCUUUCUCGAGAAAAUCCAAAUAGAGACGAAACGUUCAAACCGAUCGUACACACGAAUUCUUUUCAGCGAGAUUUUUUUUUUGUGGGAAAGAUGUGUUCUCGAGCGUCUCAAGAAUCUUUACACGCAGAGUUUAUGAAUGGAAUCUGGAAAAAAUCUAUAGUUGAAACGUUGCAAUUAAGUCGAUGCGGACACAAAACACGCAAUAUUUUUAAGGAAUAUUAUUUUUUUUUCUAUUUCUUCUAGAUUUAUUUUAUAAUAAUAUAUAUAACUGAUAUUUUAUCGAUAAUUUUUUUUUAUAUAGUCAUCUUGUAGUUUAUUGUAAUGCAAACAACAUUUUGUAGUAAUUAUAUAUAUAGUUCACAUUUAAUGAACCUUUUUUUAUAUCCGUGUUAUAGUUUGCUGUAAUACAAACAAUCGUAUAGUAAAAGUGAAAAAAAUUUGUAUUAAUAAUUCCGCGAUAAGAAACAGACGGUCGUCGUAGAUUAUCCUAAAAGUUCGUUCAUUCAUCCUCGUGCAAGAAGCAUGCCGCCUCAUGCGAAUAUAAACGCGAUCCAAGAUUCCUGAGUAAAUAAUAAACAAAUUUUACACAAAGUAGAUGCAUAAUUAAUAGUAUCAAUGCUUUCGAGUUCCCACGGGUAUAAUCUGAAUAAAAAACGACUUCAUUUCAAGGAACACACUAAUAAAAUAUCAAUGUUUGGAAAUAAAUAUGAUCUUCAAGAUUACUACCUCGUACCAUAGCUACUUUUUAUACUACAUAAAAUAUCGAAAAGAUAAAUGGGAGAUGAGCAUUUGAAUGCAGUUUCUCUCCUUUUUUUGUAACGAAAAUGCGACAAUAAGUAAGAUCAUAUAACAAGACAAUAAGAGAUCAAAAUUUGUUUUUACGGAAAAGGAAAUGAAGAUUUUUUUUUUUUUUUUUUUUUUAAGUAUCGUCGCAAUUGGAAGUACCUUCAACCAUCCAUUUCGACAAACGCAGAAG